AUGCCUGACAAUUCGUGCAAGGAGUGGGAAGAUGUGGUGCUGGCGCCGGGCAUGCCAUGUGUGGUUAUGGCAGCUCCCGGCAUGUUGCAAAGUGGAACUAGUCGGGAGCUGUUCGAGCAGUGGGCACCAGAUCCUAAAAACGGGGUUAUUAUUACAGGAUAUAGUGUAUCGGGCACUCUGGCACAUGAUUUGCAGAAUGACCCCGAUACGUUGACUCUCACGGAUGGGAGGAAGCUGCCG